UUUUUGGAGACAUGGAUGUCAUUAUAAAUACGGCACGGAACACCUCGGACUCUAUCAGCACGGACACUUCUCCACACAUAACUUGGUGAAUAUCGGUAGAUAACGGUUCCGCAGAGAUGAGAGGGAUCAUAGGAAUGGCGCUGGCGCUCGUUGUUUUGAAAGUUCACGCGGGGAAAAUCAGUGACGGUCACUGUGAGGAAGGAAAAUGCUUCGCCAUCCAAACCACCAGUUUGAGUUUUGAUUCGGCGCAGCGAGUCUGUCAGGAGAGAGGAGGACAUUUGAUGACCGUACGCUACAGAAAAUCAGCCAAUAUUCUCGCUAAAUUGUUAAAUGGCACUUCUGGAAACUUUUGGCUUGGCCUGAAAUAUCAGUGUGCACACGCGAACGAUGGGUUAAAGGGAUACAAAUGGGUCACUGGAGACAACGCAAGCCACUACAUCAACUGGGAAAGCGACAGACCGGUUUGUUCUCCACGAUGUGCUUCAGUGUCACAAAAAGUUCCGAAAUGGGCCGAAAGACCUUGCGAUGACAUAAUCGAUGGUUAUUUGUGCGAAUAUGAAAUCCUUGAAUAUUGUCAGGCACUGAGCAACGGUUCAGAAGUCGUAUAUGAAAUUCCUUUUGGAUUUAAUGCAAACAAACUCCUCCAGGAAAUUCCUCAAGGCACAAUAGCGACAUUACAGCCGCUGAGAACGAAACACGUUUGUUUCGAAGGCGACUGGCUUCAAGCGCCUUGGAGUUGCGAGUUUUUUAAUGGUGGAUGUGAAUAUGCGUGCGAAGGGAGCAUUCCUAACAUUACAUGCAUCUGUCCGCAAGGAUAUAAGCUCGACAGUAACCGAGUGACAUGCAGCACACAGGACGCUUGUGCGCACGGGGAAUGCGAACCGGCGAUUCAAGUUGCGUAUGCAAUGUCGCCCGAAGAUUGCAAGCCCGGCUUUCACAAAGAAAGUGGCAUUAGCGCUGAUGAAGACGAAUGCGUGUCUGGACCAUGCGAGCACAUAUGCAUCAACACUAUAGGUAGUUAUCAAUGUGAAUGCUAUGAAGGAUUCAUACAGUCGAAGGAUGACAUGCACACAUGUGUGAUGCACUGUACAGAAGAACAGUGCCCAGCUGAAUGUGACCCCAAUAACAACGAACAGUGCAACUGCCCCGAUGGUUUCCUACUUGAAGAUACCAUGUGCCUUGACAUUGAUGAAUGCACGAGCAAUUACUGUGACCAUAAGUGUGAUAAUACACCUGGAGGGUAUGUAUGUUCCUGCAGAGAAGGAUACUUGCUUUUGAAAGAUGGCACAUGUGAGGAGAAAGAUUUUGAUGGUUCAGGCAGCUCAACACCUUUUGAUGUUGCUAUAUCUACGAGUAAACCCCCAACCAAGCCAAUGUCAAUCUCAUCGGGCAGUCUUUUGGCAAUAAUGGUUUGCAUUGUAGCUUGUAUUCUCUUACUGGUCGGCCUCGCGCACUGCACAUUGAGACGUUUUUGUCAAUUGCACAAUUAUGAUGUACACAAAGGCCAAGAUGAAGUCUACGAUUUUCAACAGGUGAUCAUUGACAAAAACAGCACAGAACUGUCAUUCCCAAAUAGGUAUUUAAAAAGAGACGUUUAAAGUCGGACGUCACGCGAAGUGAAAUGUAAAUAGUAGCCUAGAAUAGAUAGUAAAUAUAUUUCAUUUUAGAAAUGAACUAGCCUAUAGAGUAGCCUAAUUAAGACCCCCCCCCCCCUUUUUUUUCUUCCUUGACAAUAGAUGACACAACAUUUUGUAAUUUCAUCUGAAUAUCAACAUUUGUGAGAUUUUGUCAGUCAAAAGAGUUUUGAUGUUAAUUUAUCUAAUUUUGUAUCUAAAUAGCGAUCUGUGAUACUGCUAUUACUGUAUGUUGAAUGUCAAAGUUUUUUUUUUUAAGUGUGUCUGUUUGUUAAUGGUGGAUUUGCACAUUAAUGUUUUAAGAUUUGUCGAGUUAAAGUUAGUUUUUUAUUUUGAAGUAAAAAGAUGAGACCAAUGGGGUAAGAUGCGCCACCCAGAAUUGGCACAAAGUUGCAUGUUGUUGUUUUUAGUUUUAAAAUGUAAUAAUAACUAAAUUUGCAAAUGUUUUAUUUAUUUCCUAUAAUAGCACAUAGGUUGAUGCCAUUAUGCUAAACUUAUAUAUAAAUAUGUUACAAUUUUAACAUACAUGCACAUUGUUCUUCCCUCAUGUUACCCUAUUAGAGUGUCAGAAAAACUUAACUUUGCACAAGUUUGAAUAACUCAUUAAUGUCAGUAUUACUAAAUGGUGGUGUUUGAAGAUAAUAAAUAUUAUAUUUUAAUACAA